AUGAGUACUGAUCGACCAGAGAGCGAACAAACGAGAGCUUCUCAAACGUACAGCGGAACGUAUUUUUCUAGCUCAGAGGACCCACAGUAUCCAACUGGGGCUUCUGAAAUUGAUCUCUUUGGCCCUCUUCGUGGCCCUGACGAUGGUCGCUAUAUCGGCUAUGCGCCAUCCUCUGAAGCACUCCUGUCUCUUCUUGAAAGCAAACGUAGCCUUCUCCCUGGUCAACAAUAUCAAUAUGGGAACCUCUCUUCCGCAGAUAACAUCCAAAUGUCCUCUCAACCACCACCGAAUCCUUACCCUUCAUGGACCAUUGAGAAGCAGGUGCCUCUAACGCGCGAGGAGAUCGAAGGAAUUAUGCUUGAUUUAACCAGGAAAUUCGGCUUCCAGGCUGACAACAUGCGUAACCAAUAUGAAGCAUUCAUGACCAUGCUUGAUUCGAGGGCGUCUCGAAUGAGCCCUGUACAGGCAUUAACAACAGUCCAUGCAGAUUACAUUGGAGGAGAGCAUGCCAACUACCGUAAGUGGUACUUUGCGGCGCAGCUGGAUCUAGAUGACCAUAUGGGUUAUCACUCAGCUCCAGGGAAGGACAAGAAGGUGAACCGCGACUAUAUGGCUCCGCAACCUGGCGCCGUCAGCAUUGAAGCCCAUGAAAACCUUGCAAUGGCCGAGGAACACUGGAAGACAAAAAUGAAUCAAAUGUCACACUUUGACCGCGCUCGUCAAGUCGCGCUCUAUCUCUUACUUUGGGGAGAAGGGGCACAAAUCCGAUUCUUACCUGAGUGUCUCUGCUUCAUCUAUAAGUGUGCUGAGGAUUACUACCUGUCACCUGAAUGCCAACAGCUGGAGAAUCCUGUUAUAGAAGGAGAGUACCUCCGUAAUAUUGUUAUGCCCAUCUACCGAUUCAUCCGCAACCAGUCCUAUGAAAUCCAGGGAGGUAAAUAUGUCAAGCGUGAACGAGAUCACAGCUCUGUGAUUGGCUACGAUGACAUCAACCAGGCAUUCUGGAGCCCUGAGGGCAUCGCACGCAUUCAACUUAAGGACAAAACAAGGCUAGUGGAUAUACACAUUGGCAAACGCUGGAUGGUUCUCAACCAAGUGAAUUGGGAGUCCGCAUUCCGCAAGACUUAUAUUGAGAAGCGGACCUGGCUCCAUUUGGCCGUCAACUUUACGCGCAUUUGGAUCAUCCAUGUUGUCCCUUUUUGGUACUUUACGGCUUGGAACUCUAGCUUUAUUUACAUGGAUAAGGAAAUAGAUGGAGAAGGUGUCCAUUACUCUAUCGUUGCACUUGGAGGAGCCAUCGCCACACUGAUUAUGCUACUUGGCGUCAUUUGUGAAUUCAUGUUUAUUCCUUUAACAUGGAGCAACUCUUCGAUGUUAGUACGUCGACUAGCAAUCCUUGUCGUGGUGCUAGUCCUUAAUGCCGGCCCUUCAGUAUACGUCUGCGGUAUCAGUCGUACUGGCACAGCUUCCAUGAUUGUCGGCAUCACUCAGCUUACUAUCUCGCUUAUUACUACUCUAGUUUUUGCCAUCGUUCCAUCAAACCAGCUUUUUGGAGCUUUCACAAAGGCGACUCGGAAGAAUCUGGCCUCGCAAACCUUCACUGCUUCCUUCCCUAAGCUCAACCGGUCAAGUCGCGCGCUUUCAUAUUUCCUCUGGACUCUUAUUUUUGCUUGCAAGAUGGUCGAAUCAUACUUCUUCCUUGCACGGUCCUUCAAAGAACCCCUCAAAGUUUUGUAUUCCCAACGUAUCCUCAACUGUAAGGAUAAAUUUAUUGGGCAAUCGCUCUGUAAUAUUAUGCCUGUCUUUACCAUCAUUGUCAUGCUCGUUGUAGACUUUGUGUUGUUCUUUCUGGAUACAUAUCUGUGGUAUGUCAUAUGGAACACAAUUUUCUCUGUCUUCCUUUCGUUUAAACUCGGGAUCUCUGUUUGGACACCAUGGCGCGAUAUCUUCUCUCGUUUACCAAAACGCAUAUAUGCCAAAAUCUUGGCUGCCGCUGAUAUGGACAUCAAGUAUAAACCCAAGGUCCUUUGCUCGCAAAUCUGGAACGCGAUUGUCAUUUCGAUGUAUCGUGAGCAUUUAUUAUCUAUCGAGCACGUGCAGCGCCUCCUUUACCAGCAGGUGCCGUCUGAGAACGAAAUCAAGCGUACGCUCAAGGCUCCCAUUUUUUUCGUGGCCCAAGAGGACUCCUCACUUCAGACUGAAUUCUACCCUAAGCACUCAGAGGCCGAGCGACGCAUCACCUUUUUUGCCCAGUCGCUCGCCACUCCUAUUCACGAGCCACUCCCUGUCGAUAAAAUGCCUACAUUUACGGUACUAGUCCCUCAUUAUUCCGAAAAAACUCUUCUCUCACUCCGUGAAGUCAUCAGAGAAGAAGACCAGAAUAGUCGCGUCACACUGUUGGAAUAUUUGAAGCAGCUCCACCCUGUCGAAUGGGACAACUUUGUCAGGGAUACAAAAAUCUUGGCGGAGGAGUCGACAAUGUUUGGAAGUGCCGCCAGCAGUACUGGUCUGGACAGCGAGAAGGGUAGCAUGAAAGAUAUGGGCAAGGUCAAAAGCGACGACCUUCCUUUUUACUGUAUCGGUUUCAAGUCUGCUGCACCUGAGUACACUCUUCGCACCCGUAUCUGGGCAUCCCUCCGUGCACAAACGCUGUAUCGCACUGUUUCUGGGUUUAUGAACUACUCCAAGGCCAUCAAACUCCUCUAUCGUGUCGAAAAUCCUGCCGUGGUACAGCAAUUCGGCGGAAAUGGGGAUCGCUUAGAACGCGAGCUUGACCGGCUUUCACGACAGAAGUUUAAAUUCUUAGUCUCCAUGCAGCGAUAUACAAAAUUCAGCAAGGAGGAAGCAGAGAACGCCGAGUUUUUAUUACGCGCUUACCCUCAGCUUCAGAUCACGUAUCUUGAUGAGCACCCGUCGGAUGUCGAAGGAGAGGAGCCUAUUGUGUACUCAGUGCUUAUUGAUGGUCAAUGUGAGGUACUGCCGGACGGCAAGCGUAAGCCUCGUUUCAUGAUUCGCCUUCCUGGCAACCCUAUCCUAGGAGAUGGCAAGUCAGACAACCAAAACCACGCCAUCGUUUUUUCUCGAGGCGAGUAUAUCCAGUUAGUCGAUGCCAACCAAGACAAUUAUCUAGAGGAAACUCUCAAGAUUCGCAAUGUCCUUGGGGAAUUUGAGCAAUAUCAUACCCCUGGAGUAUCUCCUUAUUCGCCUCAGAUCGAAUCCAAGGAUGUACCUGAGCCUGUGGCCAUUGUUGGUGCUCGCGAGUACAUUUUCUCGGAGAAUAUUGGCGUUUUGGGAGAUGUUGCUGCUGGAAAAGAGCAGACAUUUGGCACGUUGACUCAGCGCAUGAUGGCCAAAAUUGGUGGCAAACUGCAUUAUGGACAUCCUGAUUUCCUCAACUUUAUCUUCAUGUCUACACGCGGGGGCGUCAGUAAGGCACAGAAGGGCUUGCAUUUGAACGAAGAUAUCUAUGCUGGUAUGAUGGCUUUCAGCCGCGGUGGGAGGAUCAAGCACACAGAGUAUAUUCAGUGCGGGAAGGGUCGCGACCUUGGAUUCGGCUCUAUCCUCAAUUUUAACACCAAGAUCGGCACUGGGAUGGGAGAGCAAAUGCUAUCGCGAGAGUAUUAUUACUUGGGGACACAGCUACCGCUCGAUCGCUUCCUUACUUUCUACUAUGCUCACCCUGGAUUCCAUGUUAACAACAUAUUCAUUAUGCUUUCAAUCCAACUCUUCUUAUUCUCAAUGCUCUUUAUCGGUGCUAUGGCAUCAUCGGUCGAAGUUUGUUCUGAUAUUGCACAAGAUAGCUGUGUGAACUUGGUGCCUGUGUACGACUGGAUCAAGCGCUGUGUUCUUUCCAUAUUCCUUGUCUUCUUUAUUGCCUUCUUGCCUCUGUUUCUUCAGGAAUUCAUGGAGCGCGGCUUUGCUAGGAGCAUCAUCCGUCUAGGAAAACAUUUCAUGUCGCUUUCGCCUUUGUUUGAGGUAUUUGUGACACAAAUCUACGCCAAUUCGAUUUUGACCAACCUGUCGUUCGGUGGAGCUCGUUAUAUUGCCACCGGCCGUGGAUUCGCAACGACCCGGACACCCUUUGCGCUGCUCUACCCCCGUUUUGCUGGACCUUCGCUGUACUUGGGCAUACGCAUGCUCAUCAUGCUGAUCUUUGCAUCGCUCACUAUGUGGGUUCCUCAUCUGAUAUACUUCUGGGUCUCAGUCCUGGCGCUGAUUAUUUCGCCCUUCAUCUUUAACCCCCACCAAUUUGCGUUCACAGACUUUUUAAUCGACUACCGCGAAUUUUUGAGAUGGCUCUCCCGCGGUAACUCAAGGACACAUGUUUCGUCAUGGAUUUCAUAUUGUCGCACCCUCCGCACUCGUAUCACAGGUUACAAGCGUAAAAGGCUCGGACAUCCUUCAGAGAAACUUGGCGGCGACAUUCCCAGAGCCAAUUUUUUGCUUAUUUUUUUCUCAGAGAUCGUCCUCCCUUUCAUACAGAUGAGCCUCUGCACUAUUUGCUACAUGUUUGUCCGAUCCUUUCCUAGCAUGGUCACUAACAAUGGUACUGCUGUCUUUACAAGUGGAUUGCUUCGCGUUGGGAUUUUUGCUCUUGGUCCUCUAGUAGUUAAUGCUGGCGUACUGGCGGUCCUGUUCGGGGUAUCACUACUCCUGGGGCCCCUCAUGAAUAUGUGCUGUAUCAAGUUUGGAUCAAUCAUGGCUGCUAUCGCGCAUGCAAUUGCAGUCAUCUCGCAAAUAUUCUUCUUCGAAGCAAUUUGGGCAUUGGAAGCUUGGAAUGCUGCCCAUGCGGUGUUAGGAGUAAUUGCAGCUAUCUCUGUCCAACGAUUUGCCUUCAAGGUCACGAUAACCAUGUUCUUGACACGUGAAUUCAAGCAUGAUGAGACUAACCGUGCUUGGUGGACAGGCAAGUGGCAUGGCCGUGGUUUGGGCUUGCAUGCAGUCUCACAGCCGCUUCGCGAGUACUUGUGCAAGAUAAUUGAGAUGUCUAUGUUUUCUUGCGAUUUCAUUAUGGGACACUUGAUCUUGUUUAUGCUGUUCCCAGCUUGCUUGAUUCCUUGGGCGGACCGUUGGCAUUCAAUCAUGUUGUUCUGGCUACGGCCCAGCAAGCAGAUCCGACCACCCAUUUUUCCUGCAAAGAUAAGAGCGCAGCGCCGGCGUGUUGCUUGGAGAUAUGGUAUAUUGUUCGUUGUGGUAUUUGUAGCAUUUAUUAUGAUGAUUAUUGCGCCCUUGUUCUUCCAGCAACUCUUACCUCAGCACUUGGAAAAGCUCAUUCCAAUUUAAAGGUCCUUCUCCGCACCCUUCCC